AUGGCCAAUCCCGAACGCAUUCUAAGAGAGGUCAACAUCCUCGGCGACCUCAAUGAUAAGAACCGCCAUAUCCUCAGCAAGGAUGCCUGCGUCUUCCUUGCACUCCUCCACCGCACAUUCAAUGAACGCAGGAAAGCCCUUCUUCAACGACGAGUGAUUCGACAGGCUGAGCUCGACAAGGGAAACCUUCUCGAUUUCCUUCCAGAGACCAAGCACAUUCGAGAGAACGAUGCUUGGAAGGGCGCACCACCAGCGCCUGGUCUCGUCGACAGGCGCGUCGAGAUUACUGGCCCAACUGAUCGAAAGAUGGUCGUCAAUGCCCUGAACUCUGAUGUCUGGACUUACAUGGCUGACUUUGAGGAUUCGUCCGCACCAACAUGGGACAACAUGAUCAACGGUCAAUUGAACCUGUACGAUGCCAUUCGCAGGCAGGUCGACUUCAAGCAAGGCGAGAAGGAAUACAAGCUUCGCACAGACCGAACACUACCCACACUCAUCGCCCGUGCCCGAGGCUGGCACCUCGAGGAGAAGCACUUCACCGUUGACGGUGAGCCUAUUUCCGGUGGUCUUUUCGAUUUCGGACUGUACUUCUUCCACAACGCCCAUGAGCUUGUCAAGCGUGGAACGGGCCCAUACUUCUACCUGCCUAAGAUGGAGUCGCAUCUUGAGGCUAGGCUCUGGAACGACGUCUUCAACCUGGCCCAGGACUACAUUGGUAUGAGGCGUGGAACCAUCCGUGGAACAGUCUUGAUUGAGACCAUCACUGCCGCCUUUGAGAUGGACGAGAUCAUCUACGAGCUUCGUGACCACUCCUCUGGCCUCAACUGCGGCCGUUGGGACUACAUCUUCAGCACCAUCAAGCGCUUCCGUCAGAACCCCAACUUUGUCCUUCCUGACCGCGACUCUGUCACCAUGACGUCGCCCUUCAUGGACGCCUACGUCAAGCUUCUCAUCAAGACAUGCCACAGGCGUGGCGUUCACGCGAUGGGCGGCAUGGCAGCCCAGAUCCCCAUCAAGAACGACCAGCAAGCAAAUGAUGCUGCCAUGGCCAAUGUCCGUGCAGACAAGCUCCGUGAGGUACGCGCUGGUCACGACGGCACAUGGGUGGCUCAUCCGGCGCUCGCAGGCAUUGCGAGCGAAAUCUUCAAUGAGCACAUGCCCACUCCCAACCAAAUGCACGUCCGCCGCGAGGAUGUCCACAUCACUGCCAACGACCUGCUGAACAUGAACGUACCUGGCAAGGUCACCGAGGCCGGAAUUCGCAAGAACCUCGACAUUGGUCUUGCCUACAUGGAGGCCUGGAUCCGCGGCGUUGGUUGUGUACCAAUCAACUACCUCAUGGAGGACGCUGCUACCGCCGAAGUCUCAAGGAGUCAGCUUUGGCAAUGGACAAAGCACAACGUCCAAACUGCAGAGGGCAAGAAGGUCACAAAGGACUACGCCAUCAAGCUGCUGCAGGAGCAAGCCAAGGCAUUGAGCGACAAGGCACCAAAGGGAAACAAGUACCACCUUGCUGCCAAGUACUUUGAGAGCCAGGUCACUGGGGAAGACUAUGCUGAGUUCUUGACAUCUCUCCUAUACAACGAAAUCACAAACGUAGGUCCACCCAAGGGAGCCUCCAAGUUGUAA